AUAAGAAUUGAUUUUUAUUUUCUCAACAUGUUCUUAAACAUCAAAUUAGUUUACUCUAGAAUUUUUGUAAAAAUUUUCGCAUCGUCAUUGAAUAGAUUUUAGAAACCCUAUUCUCAAUACCAUUUCUCCAAAAUGGAAAAUCUAUUAGGAUUUUAAAGAUUGAGUAUGUGCUCUUGGUGAACAACAGGUCUCAAAUGAAUCCUAAAAUAUUUCUCUACAAUACUGCAUUAUCAGCUCGACUACCAUGUCUAGCCAGAUGCUCCCUUUAAGUAGAAACAUGUAAAUUGUAUUUAGUUUACUGCACAGAAAGACUUUUUCAUUCUUGUAAAAAUACUAAUGGAAAACGUUAUUAAACUGGUGCUGGUUUAGUUUAUUUAGGAAAACUUUUAAGGAAACAGAUUUAAAACUUGGUUUUAAAAGAAAUAUUUCAGACAAUAUGGGCUUGAUCACUGGACUCAAGAAAGGAUUUAGAUUCGCUGGAAAUGUUCUCACUUCUGUGUCAACCUUUUUCACGGAAGAGAAUCCUUCCAGAGGAAGAAGUUUUAAUCAUAAAUGGGAUGGAGAAGAAGUUGAAGGAGAAGAAGAAGUUGUUGAUAUUGCUCGUUCUUUGAUAGAAAAAGAAAAAGAAUUGAGAGCUCUGAAAAAUCACAAUUCUCGCAGACUUGAAGAAGAGAGAAUUCAACAAGAAGAAAGAUCAAGAAACAGGGAGGAACUUGUAAAAUUGAAUAAGCAAAGAGAGGAACAAGACAAAUUACAAAUAGAGCAAAUUCAUUUACAGUUGGAAGCAUUGAAGGUAGAACAAGAAGCAAAAAAAGAAGAGAUAAGAAAAGCCCAUGAGAAGGAAAUAGAAAAGCUUAAGUUAGUCGAAGAAGAAAAGACUAAAAGGGAACAGAUGCUUAUAAAUGUGGAGGCAGAACGCCAAGAAAAGGAGUUUGAAUGGGAAAAGGAAAAGCUGGCUAUAGAACACAAAACUAGGGAGGCCAUUGCCAGGUUGGAAACUGAGAAAAUGAAAAUAGAAAAUGACACAAAGCUAAAAAUGGCAGACAUAGAGCACAAGAAAAAAAUGCAGGAUACAAAAAAUGAGUACGCCUUGGAGUUAAAGAAAUUAAAAAUGAAGGAGGAAAUUGAGAAGGCCAGGAUCAAGAACGAAGCAGAUGAGAGAAGAAAAGCAGGAGAGAUGAAACAAGAACAGCAAAGGAUGGAAAACAUGAGAAGAAAAGCUGAGGAUGAAAAGCGUAAACAUCGAUCAGUCAGAAAUUUUCUGAUAAUUGUCGGGGUUUUGAUGUUAGCUGCAAUGCUUCUCUUCUUCAUCACCUUUACAGAACAAGGCAUUCAGUUUCUAAGGAAAAUACUCCAGAACCCUGAAGUUGAAAGGAUAAAAAAGAAAUACCGCCUGGGAAACAGGAUGGAUUUAUAAAUUAAAGGUGUUUGUCCUGAGGAUUGAUAUUUGAUUAUAUUGGAAACAUAAGUGAAAAAUUUAAACAUUGUAUAUUAAAGUAUAUCAAAUAUGGGCUUAACUAAUUCUUUUGCAUUUUCAGUUUAUGAUUUAACAUGUAUGUAAUUCAUAAUUUUAAUUAGUUUUGCAUUAAGAUAAGGCAUGUUAUGUAUUACAGUUAUUUUUGUAUCAAGUUCCUGCAACAAAAUAUAAAACUAUUAAAAAAUA